AUGGGCUGCUUCGGCUUCAAACGGCGCACGCGCAUCGUCGAUCCGGUGCUCGGGGGCGAGAACGUGCGGUCCACGAUGUCGGGCCAGAGCACGAUGCCGAUUCGCGGCGCUUCGUCCAGGAGAGACAUCAUGAGGAUGGACACGCUCAAGGCCAAGUACUCGCAGCCCGUCGCGCGGCCCAAGGCCGCCACCAGCUCGGUCCACGGGCGGCAGAGCUCGGGCAUCGCACGGAUCAUGCCCGCCCCCUCGGCCAGCCGCACGGCACUGCACACUGGGUCGAGAACCACCGGGCCCAUGCGCUCCAUGAUCGAGACAGUCUCCGUUCCGCUGCAGACGGCCCCGUCCAUCAAGGCAGCCCCCGCCUCACGCGGCAGGAGCCCGGCUCCCGCGGCGAGCAAGUCCAUGCGGGUGUCGAGCUGCGCCCCCGGGUCCAGAGCAGCAGGGCUGCGGGUGCAGGUGCGCGAGGACGCUCGCCUCGGGAGCAUGAAGCAGCGCGCCAGCGAGACCACCCAGCUGAAGCCCGCGCUGCCGAGGUCGCGCUCCGUGACCCAGAGCCGCAUGUCGAGGGUGCCUAGGUCCACCGUCGGCGCGCACCAGGACUUCGUUCGAACCGUCUCCAGGAAAGCCCAAGGAGGCCACCGUCGCGGCGUGUCCUUCUGCGAGGGCGCCCUGUCCCCCCUGGCAGCCGAGGGGGGAACCAACCGCCACGUCGCCAAGGCGCUCGAACACGCCCAGCGCAUCCUGCUUGCCGAGUCGGACGACGAGACCGACCACGACCAGGCGCGGCACCAGGACUUCACGCAAGGCGGCGCGUACUGGACGGAGAAGAUGGGCGCCCACGAGCGCAUGAUGCGCCACGUGUGCUUCUGA